AUGGAACACCCUGUAGUUGACUUGUUGAAGUCGCUCAUGUCAAUCGUCAGCACCAGCGAACUUGAAGAAAUCAUCGGUGUCUUCCUAGAACAACAUCUUCAUUCCCUAGGCUAUACCGUCGAGCGCAUACCCAUUUCGCCAAACUCAUCUCGCCACAAUGUCUACGCAUACCUUGGCUCUUCACGCAAGACACGUGUGCUCCUCACAGCUCAUAUGGACACAGUACCGCCGCACAUCCCUCUGACUAUCGACGGGGAUAUCAUCCGGGGAAGAGGCUCGUCUGAUGACCUUGGCCCGUUGGCAGCCCAGAUCCUAGCUGCAGAGGAACUAAGAAAGGAAGGCAAGGUGCAGAAGGAGGGAGAUAUUGCCUUAUUGUUUGUGGUCGGUGAAGAGAACGGCGGUCACGGAAUGAUCGCUGCAAAUGACAUGGGCUUAAAGUGGGAGUCUGGCAUUUUUGCCGAACCGACGGAGAGCAAACUUGCAAAGGGCCAUAAGGGGCAGGUAGCGUUUGAAGUCAUCGCCAACGGCAUCGCUUGUCAUUCAGGAUACCCUCAUCUUGGGAAAAGUGCAACUUCUGCCCUGCUCGCGGUGUUGAAUGACCUCUCUGCAGCAACCUGGCCGGAGUCCGAACUCCUCGGCCCCUCUACCUUCAACAUUGGAACUAUCGAAGGAGGCGAAAAACACAAUAUUGUCGCCCCGUCUGCUAAGGCACUGUGCGAGGUCCGCAUGGUUUCCAACCUGCCCGGCAUCAAGACCAAGGUUGCAGAGAUCGUUUCACGACACCCCGACGCGGAGCUGAAGUUUGUUUUUGAGUACCCUGAAGCGCUACUGCAAUGGGAGAUUGACGGCUUUGAAGCGGCUCCCGUGGCUUUCGGGACCGACGUGCCUCGACUCAAGGCGGAGUACUGUGACAAUAGGGUGCUGUACGGGCCAGGGUCAAUCCUGGUAGCCCACGGGCCCGACGAGUUCAUCCGCGUCCCGGAGUUGAUCGAGAGCAUAGAGGGAUACAAGAAUUUGGUGCUUCACUUCCUCAAGUAG